CCUGGACCCCUUCCCGCCUCGAGAAAGAAGGAAGGAAGGAAGGAGCCAAGUCCCCCUCCCAAGGAUGACACUAAACACCCAGCAGGAAGCAAAGACCCCCCUGCGUCGGCGAGCCAGCACUCCACUGCCCCUGUCCUCCCGGGGCCGCCAGCCUGGCCUGUGCACAGCACCUUCCACUUCCACACAAUCCGGACAUCCUCGGCUGGGCCAGUCAGCCUCCCUCAACCCUCCCACCCAGCAACCUUCACCUGCCCCCAGCGGCUGGUCCUCUGAGUCCAGCGACUCUGAGGGCUCCUGGGAGGCCCUCUACCGCGUGGUGCUGCUUGGAGAUCCUGGCGUAGGGAAGACCAGCCUGGCCAGCCUCUUUGCAGGGAAGCAAGAGCGGGAGCUCCAUGAACAUCUGGGAGAAGAUGUGUACGAGAGGACCCUCACAGUGGAUGGAGAGGACACCACACUGCUGGUCAUGGACACCUGGGAGGCGGAGAAACUGGACGAAAGCUGGAGCCAGGAGUCAUGCCUGCAGGUGGGCAGUGCCUACGUCAUCGUGUACUCCAUCGCAGACAGAGGCAGCUUCGAGAGCGCCUCUGAGCUCCGCAUUCAGCUGCGGCGUACACAUCAGGCGGACCAUGUGCCCAUCAUCCUGGUGGGCAACAAGGCGGACCUGGCACGCUGCCGGGAAGUCUCCGUGGAAGAGGGCCGCGCCUGCGCCGUAGUGUUCGACUGCAAGUUCAUCGAGACGUCCGCCACGCUGCAGCACAACGUGGCCGAGCUCUUCGAGGGCGUGGUGCGCCAACUGCGCUUGCGCCGCCGGGACAGCCCCGCCCGGGAAGCCCCCGAUGGACCCCCAAUUUAG